AUGACUUCUGUGAAAGAUCACAGUCGAUUGCCGGUGUUCGGGUCUCGCCACGAAUCAGUGUUGCACCAAAUUAUAUCACUUCGAAACACAGCAUCAACAUGUCGAAUACCAUCGAAAUUUCAAUCACUAUUCAGUAAGUCAAAGACUUUUUUGGCUUCGAAUAAAGAAAUAUGUUUCAGUGACUUUGCCACAACUGAAACUGCCAAAGAAAUCAUCUGUGAACUAUACGAGAAUGAAACAGAAUGUGAAGAUAAAUGGACGAAAGUUGGAACGAGUUCUCCUGUUCGAUUCUCUCGAAACAUCGUUUUCCCGGAUAAAUUCUCAUAUCAAUAUGUUUUUGAGAAAACUCAGCUCAUUAAGGCAGUAUUUUCUCGAUGCUCGGAACGGGAUAGACCAUCAAGCUCUAGUAGUGAUAUUCUUGCAACUUCCAUCUUUAAAGUGGACGAACUUAUUGGAUCUUUUGGAUUACAACUCCGUCGUCAACUUCAAAGAACCGGAAGCAUUGCAAAUGCAUUGUCAGGAACCCAACGGAUAACUGAAGAAUAUCUCGGAGGUAUCAUUGUCUCUGCUGAAAUGCCAGAAAAAGAACAGCCGAUUGUUGUCCAGUUCCAUGGAAAAUCAUUAGAUCGAAAAGAUUUCUUAUGGGAUGAAACUGCCGUUUUCUUUCGAGUUUUCCGUCUAGAAGAAGGGAAAGAUGAUGACUCAUUAAUAUUUCUAUAUGAGAGCGAAGCCAUCAAAAAUCAUUCUCAUCCUCAAUGGGCAGAGUUUCGUUUGGAUACCCAAGACGCUGCGGAUAACAGAAACCGACUUUUGGAGAUCUGGGUGAUGUACAAAGAUGUGGAUGGUAAAGAAGGCUAUAUUGGAAAGUUUUUGACGACUUAUGCAAAAAUGAAGUAUGGACCGGGGUCUGAUAAUAUCUAUAGUGUUAUCAAUGAUGUGAAGAAGGCACAGAAAAAGAGCUACGAAAACAGCGGAAAAAUGGAACUCGUCAAAUUCACCGACGUCUCUUUUUAUUCGUUCUUGGAUUAUAUUGUUAGUGGAACUCAACUUCAUUUUGAAAUUGGAGUAGAUUUUUCAAGUCCAGAACCAGUUCAUGAGUUAGACCAGAGAAGAUUUGAUGGAGAGCUACAUAUGGCAAUCAGAGCUAUUGGAUCGAUUAUCAGGGAUUAUACACCGAAUCGUCUCUUUGCCGCUUUCGGAAUCGGCGCCAAAAUCCCUCCGACUUUCCAUGAAUCCAACGAAUUCUUCCUGAAUUUUUCAAUGGAUCCAAUCUGCCGUGGUUUGGAUGGCGUCAUGGAAGCAUACAGAAAGGCACAAACUAUGGUCACUCCACUCAAAGAAUCCAAACUUUCUCCAGUGAUCAAUUAUGUCACUAGAAUGUCCCAUCGAUCUGGGUUCCGAGGACUCCAUUAUCACGUUCUUGCUCUAUUCACAAGAGGAGAAGUUACUGACUUGAAGGAAAUUCAACAAGCCUUGAAUUCUGCUUCCGAUGCUCCCUUAUCUAUUCUGAUCAUCGGAAUGGGCGACUAUGAUUUCUCUCCCUUGCAAAAACUCUGCUCCAAAAGAAAAGAUGGUCGUCGAGAUGUCGUUCAGUUCAUUCAUCUAAAAUCUUUGCUGAAUGGAGCAGAAGCUCCCUGGCUGAACAAAUCAAGAAUUGCAGAGAAUGCUCUACGGCAAGUUCCUCAACACAUGAUUCAAUACAUGCACAAUGCCAAUAUUGCCGCAAAGCCACCAAUUCAGGUGUGUCGAUCUCCACUAUUUCACAGUUCCUCUCUAAUUCCGGAUAAACCGACAGAAUUUGAUUUCGAAUUGACAAAAGAUAUUCGUCAUGUUGGAAUUGAAAUUCCAAGUCUGAUGCCUAACUUGAUCCUUCCACCGGAUCUUUCACCUCGUCCACGUCAAGAUAGAAGAGGAAGUGAUUCUCAAUACCUUGACGUCGAAACGAUGCGUGGCAGCUUGACAGUCCGAGUUCCUGAAAGAUGUCAUUCCGUUCUUCAAACAAGCAGAGAACAAUAUCAACGAAGAUUAAAGGAGCGAGGAUUGGCUAGGAUGAAAUUCCCACGCGUCGAGUUGAGCACUUUGGAGUCAAGUGGUGGAUCUACCCAAGACUCUUCCCUAUAA